AGUUUAGUCCCCGUGGCGGAUGUGAUUCGGACCUAGGAGGCCGCCUGCACUCUGACGUAGUGACCAGGGCGCGGAUUGACAUGGGACAUCAUGUUACAUAGCCAUCAGAUCAACGUAAAGGAGGGCAUGUCUGAAAUAGACUAGUGCUCGUCAGUCUACACGUGGGGAAGAGAGAGUGACUUUCUUCAGGGACACGUUUGACAAACUCACUUGAUCAAUAUCGCUCUCAUCGUGGCGGCACCGAGGACCCUACAAUAUUGUGUCGCUGUUAAUGUCCUGAGGAAAUGCCGCUGAGGUUUCGUUCGGUCGUGCCCUACACACUGCCCGGAGUCCUUGCACUGAUUGGCUGGUGGUGGUACAUCUCGCGGAAGAAAGAGCGGCUUGUCAGCCUCGACAGCCCAAACGGGGCUCCAGCAACACCGGGUCUUACACCUCCAGCCGAGGUUAGCAACGGUUUGGUUGAGAAAGGGCCUAUAUCGCCCACAAAUGACACAGAAAGCCCCACGCACAGAGCUCCGAAGGUCAGUAACUUGAGAACAGAACAUGAUAAUUUUUCCCAAGUCCAUGGCACUGAAGCAGUACCCUCAAUCAAACUAAAUUCUGAGGAAGCUGCCCCUCCGCUUGGCAGAAUAAAACAAAAGGAAGUCCAUACACUCUCGGCCUUGACUCUUCUAUCACCUUGCAAAGAAGAUCGUCCGCAGAGGUUAUUGAAAGACAACAAAGACCUGGAGAGAAGAUCAACACCCUUUGUGGUAAAAGAGCAUGAGGACCACUUAGUUAUAGAUCCAUCUUCUGCUCCAGAAGUCCCAGUGGAAAGGGUCAUCUUGCCCUGCCAGUCUACCAAAGUCACCAGCCCCCCCCCCACAACAACACACCUUUCAGAUGCAGAGAGGCCAGAGCCUGAAGGGGAAGUCGCAAAGCACUACAGCACUGUUAAUAAAGAUGAGAUGGCUGUUUGUGCAGCCACCACGCCCAAAGUGCAGAGAGGUAUCCCUUCGGAGGCAGACUCUCUAGAGACACCCCCUUCAGCACGGGAUUUCCACCAACACAUUCUAACCAGCACACCUACCUCCCUGGCCGCAACCUCCACAGCCCUGAAAACGGUCGAAGACUGCAUCACCAUAUCACAGGCUGAAGAGGACACCCAGGCACCUGGUGGCCAUGGAGAGGAGCAGGAUCUGGAACUACUAGCAGCUGGACUAAUAACUGAGGUCAUCUCGGCAGCUACGCUGGAGAUCCUGGGUGUCACCAGCUGCCAAGUCACACAGCCCAGUUGCAGUAGCAGCACACCACUGGCUAGCAGCAGCCAGUGCUCCCAACAGGAGCAAACGGCAGCGCAGCAGCAGCACCACCAUCUACUGACUGCUCCCUCUCAGAGUGACAUUGAGUCUGGAGAGGCCAACGAGCAAGGGAUACCUAACGGAUGCUCCGCCACUCCAGUAUGGGAGCCUGUUGAGGUCAGUCACAGGGCUCAUCAGACUAACCAUGCACAGAAAGGCCACUGGCUAACACCCUCGCAUCAAGCAGCACAAAGUACCCUUUUGCCAAACAUGAAACUGAAAGGCGAUGAAGCAGCGCUGGCCGAGGAUUCGGCUUGUAGUACAUGCCACUCAGAGGAUGGCAUGAGCAACGAGGAGCCUCCGUACAGCAUGCCUGAAAACCAAAUUGAUGCAAUCCAGGUUACAGACUUGUUGGCAAAAGAAGCAACACCGCCUCAAUCCCUGGACACUGCCUCGGAAGAAGCUGAAGGAAUCUCACUGGAAGCUGUGUGCGAGAUUAAGCGGCUCAAUGGAAUGGGCCUGAGAAAUGGAGCUCACGGGACAUGUGAGGGGGAGACGGACCAGUCUGGAGGAUCUGACGUGAACAGCAUGGACUCUGUGGACAGCGGCUGCACUAUGGGUGCUGGGGAGGGCCAGACCAACCACGCUGCCUCUUCCAGCGCCGAGCUCGUCGUCUGGGAGAUUGAGGUGCCGAAGCAUCUUGUAGGGCGGUUAAUAGGGAAGCAGGGAAGAUACGUGAGUUUCCUGAAGCAGAACUCUGGUGCAAAGAUCUACAUCUCCACCCUGCCUUAUACACAGGAGUUCCAGAUCUGCCACAUAGAGGGUACGCAGCAGCAGGUUGACAAAGCCCUGUCCCUGAUUGGAAAGAAGUUUAAGGAUCUGGACUUGACCAAUCUAUAUGCACCGCCGCCACCCGCACUAACAUUGCCAUCACUUCCUAUGACGUCCUGGCUCCUGCUCCCCAGUGGAGUGACCGUGGAAGUGAUAGUGGUGAACAUCGUGUCAGCCGGUCACGUCUUUGUCCAGCAGCACACCCAUCCCACUUACCACGCUCUGCGGAGCCUCGACCAGCAGAUGUUCCUCUGCUACUCGCAGCCGGGCACCCCUGCCCUCCCCUCACCGGCUGAAGUCGGUGUGAUCUGUGCAGCUCCGGCGGCGGAGGAAGCCUGGUGGAGAGCUCAGGUCAUCACUUUCUAUAAGGAAACCAAUGAAGUGGAGAUCCGAUACGUUGACUAUGGAGGCUACGACCGAGUCAAGAUCGACUCGCUACGGCAAAUACGGUCUGAUUUUGUAACACUACCAUUUCAAGGGGCUGAAGUAUUGCUUGACAACAUCGCCCCUCUUCCAGGAGAGGAUCGUUUUUCACCGGAGGCCACAGCAGCAUUGGAGGAGAUGACCAGAGGAGUGGCCUUGCUUGCACAGGUCUCGAACUACGAUAACAACACAGGCCUCCCUCUGGUCCAUCUGUGGAACAUGGUCGGAGAAGAGGUGGUUUCGGUGAACCGUACGCUAGCAGAGAGGGGCCUGGGGGUUUGGCUGGAUGGAUUCUGAACAUCAACAUGCUCUGAACACACCCCACCCAGCCAGUUUUCUUGUGAACAGCUGUCUUGGACCCGUGUCUUCUUGAGGUCCCAGCGCCACCAGACACAGCGGUGGAUCUAAGAUUGUUCGUUUUUUUUUCCUUUCCUUUCAUUGCUUUUUUUUUUUUCUUUUUUCUUUUCCUUUUUUUCAUUUUUUUUUUUCAGACACCUUAUUUCUUUGGAAAAGAAAUUAAAAGUUAUUUUCAGGCAUAAUCUGCGACAGCACUGCUUCAAAAUAAGAUGACCUCUCCUUGUUCUUGUACUCAAUGAACUUAAAGAAGGAAAAGAACAGGUACUUGUAAAAAAAAUAAUAAUAAUAAUAACAUUUUUUUAAAUCUAUAUUGUAACUAAAUAAAGGUUCAGCCAAUAUUUUUGUCCACCCACAUCCCACUUAAUGUUUUGCCCUGGGCAUUUGCUCACUGACGUGAUCAUCGUGCUGUAUGGAGGCACGAAUGCCUCUGUUGACACAAUUACGUUUUAUUGGCACGUCAGUCAGCGUUGUCUGUAGGUUACUACAUUUCAAAGGAAACUCCUUUUGAUAUUUGGGCUUCUUCUCUGGAUAGAAUGAGGAGGAUGGGCCAAAAAGGCUGAGUGACAGCAGGGCAAAGAGGAGGCGAGGCCCGAGGCUGGUCCCUGGUGGAGCACCCAGCAGUGUUGCAUCAAGAGACAUGGACUUCUCUGGGGUGUCCAUCCAGAGCUGCUGCUGCUCCUCCUCCAACCAGAACAGAACUGGUUGCCUUUACACCACCUUUCUCCACCAGCUUGCACUGUCGUUUUGAAAAGGCAGGAAUUUUAACCCACCAGAAAUGCAGUUGAACAAUAUUUCAUAUUGAAGCUCAAAGCAAGAUUUCAUUAACUCAAUAAUUCCUGACGGCAUGUCACCGAGCCGACAGGAGGCUGAUGAUGCAGAUCGUUACGGAGGGGCUGUUUGUUAGACUCCACUCGCUUCGUGUGACCACCUCCAAAUCCUAUCCCCACAGUAUAGAAUAUUAAAAAAAAAUGUCUACUACAGAAACUACUUAAAAUAUUAACGGCACACUUACUUAUUCGGUGUUAUUUAAAUUCUAAAACAAACAACUUUUAAGGCUAAAGGAAAGCGAAGCAGCUUUGUUUGGGUAGCCUCAUCUUCCUGAAUGUUUCAUGGAUGUGUCAUCUGGUCUAAUAACGCUAACGAAGUGGAUUUCUUUUAGCUGGGGUGCCGCGUUCAAACAAUGUUAGUGAGUUUUCAGUCUGCUCUAUACAUGGGCUAAACUCAGACAUGGAAAAGGAACAGUACACAGUAAGUUUGCAGUGCAGCUUGUCACCAUUGACCCAAUAUACAGUCUAUCAGCCCAGGAGCGCUGCUGCUCUCUGCGCCUCACCACAGACAGCAGAGCCUUGUUCUUCACCUGGAUGAGAGGAUUUACCACUACUUUGGCCUAAAGAUGAGGUGGGUCAUUGUCGUAGCGACAAGUCCUCUGACCCAAACCUGAAAUCGGUUGAUUUAAUUCAGAUAUUGAGGGGCCAGGCAUAACUCGUUGAUGCAAUCUGAGAUAAUCGCCUUCACUGAGCCUAUUGUAGGGUAUCGUUAACCUCAUUGAAGCAUCGAGGCAGCAAAAUAAAUGUUUUGAGUAGAGCUGUAUAUCCUGAAGAUAAUACAAUUUGAAAUAUAAGCAUAUAAGUUAGUGUUGGAAUUCUUUAAAUUAAAACUGAUGCACACAAGUUCAAAGUAAUGGCUGCUUGUCCGCUCCAUCUGAUUAUAGGUGCUGGUUUCUAAUAAAGACACCGUCAUGUUAAUGUGAGCCAAAGUGCUGUAUUAAGAGUGUAAAUGCAUCAACACUAUGGCAAUUACUUCAGUAAAGUGGACUGUUUAUUGUGAAAUACACUACCGUUUGUUAGAAGCCCACUUUUGACCCAUAGUGGCUACAACAAUGUGAAUAUUAGUCGAUAGAAAUCUGAGCGCGUAUUACUUACUGAAGCCUUUGUUAAUCAAAGCCAGGAUCCUGUCGGAGGGAUCACUCCUUUUCCUGUCAUUGGCCACUAAUCCCACUUUGUGACAAAGGACCUGGAAACCUUUCUUGUUCUUCAGAAUAAUCUUGAUAUGGUUGAAAUCAUACAUUUCAUCAAAGGCAAGCGGUCUUCAUUUUAGAAUAAGAGCGCGGUCUCACUCAAUAGUGUAAUCCAAGAUGAACAAAUCAAUUGUUUUGCUGUGUUUGACAAGUGUAGGGGAGACCAUUAUAGCUGGCUUUCCUCAUGUCGGAGUGCUGUUUAUUAUGAAAGCCUUACUGCAUUUUCUUCAACCCGAUGAACAUAAAUCUGGUCAGAUUAAUUGAAACCCUCCCAAUCUACAGUGAAGAGAACUGCGGUAUAGGAACGUUGGAUAGCCUUGCUAAUCACUGUGUUAGAGUAUAAAUUAGAUUGAUCUAGCAGUUCUGUAAUGUUGCUUUAUGUAACGGCCCUCUGGAUUAGCUAAACUAAAUUUGAAGAACAAGGUCCCGGUGAGCAGGGAGACUCCCAGUUCUAUAACAUGCUCCUUUUCUAUUCUGUCUGUAUCCGAAUAUCCCUUUUGCUCCUGGAGUAGAAUCAUAAUGUUCAUCCAGUGUCACAAAGUCAGACCUUUCCUGUCUUUACACGUCAGUGUUCAAUGGAGCCCAAAGAGGCUGAACAACCUUGUGAGGAAUUCAUUUCCAACACCACUGUAAUUCUAAAUGGCAUAAACUCCAUUCUUGUUUUUUUAUUUUUAUUAAGUCUCUUUUCAAUGAAAAAGAAAAACACUGUUACCCGAGCAAUAAGGCAGCUUUAUUUAGAUAUUGAAGGACAGAGUGUGCAGUAGGGUGGGCUUUAAGUGCUCCAUGUAACACUACUACAAAGAGAGAAUGUUUUCUGCACAACAUAACACAAGUAAACAACACUUUAAAAACUCAUCAAUAAUGCAUUGUGUCAAUAAUUUAUCUCAGGAAUGGUUGAUUAGAUGGUGGGUUAAGGACCCAAAAUACCCAAGGGCAGCUGAUGGAGUAAAGGAUGAGUGGGAUUAAACCAAGAGAAUUAAAUUCUAUGGGAAAUUAGGCAUUUUGACAAAGAAUAACAUCUAUAUUUUUGAGUUCUUGAAGGAGUCUAGAAGUCGGUGCUGGAAUCGGAGCAGUAGCCAUAUUGUCUCUUGUUGGGUUGUGAGCGUACUUCCUCUCUGUUUCAAAUCGGUUUGAUCCUGUCUGUCCCCCUUUUUUAAACCAGAUAAAGAACCUCACCAAACCUUAAAACAUUGUUUUAAUCCAACUAGAGUUUUGUUCAUUUCUCUGUAAAUAAGAUAUUUGACUGUACUUUUCUAUGGCACUGGAGAGAAAAAGGUAUAAAGGGAUCAUUAUUGGUAUUUUUUUUUUGUUUGGUUUGUUCUGGUUCAUCCUGCCUCCCCUUUUUCAAUCAAUGUUCUCAAGCUGUGAGAUACGUGUUUGCAUAGCUAGACAAGUCAUCAUUUGAUUAUUUAAUUGGGUGUAAAGGUUGUCUGCCCUAAAGCAUUUAACAUGUACAGACCAGUUUUGCUAGGCUCAUCUGAAGUUUGAUUUGUUGAUUGUACAGAUCUAUUAAAGGAAUAAAAUAAAGUUAUUGAAAGUGUC